CCUCCUAUAUUCCGUGUGCCGCUUCUUCGAUCGGCCAUCUUAAAAUGCACAUCUUCGACGCCCACCUUGGCUCACACCACAACCAAAGCAAACCGAAAAAUCAAGCUCCAUAUCUUUCUUUUCUUGCUAGAUAUCCCUCCUGUAUAGCUGUGCGACCAACAAUGUCGAAUAUAAGCAGCGUCCUGUCCGGCCUCAUCAACCGGCGAAGCUACGGCGUCUACGCGAGAGCGGUGAACGUCCACGUCUCCGCCACCGCCGCCGUGGGGAGGACGGCGGACGGCGCGGCGGAUGGCGGCGGCAGGGCGACGAGCAACAAGGACGUGUUCUGGAUGAGGGACCCCAAGACGGGAUGCUGGAUCCCGGAGAACCGGUUCCAGGAGGUGGACGCCGUCGAGCUCCGCAACCGGCUGCUCCAGCACAAUGAACACUUAACUCCAGGCGCAUGAUGACAAUGAACGUGACCAGCGUAUAUAUGGCCGUACGUAUUCGCCAAAUAAACCAUCGCCCAUACAUGUGUAUAUGUUGUAUAAUUUCGGGGCAUAUACACGCAGUAUCCAUUCGGACCUGUAGCAUCGGAUUCCUUGGGUUAUGGUAGAAGUUUCAAGAAAGAACUCGAAUGACAGCCAUUUUAGUGGGAGUAUCUAUUCCAUGAUCUUUCCGAAAGCUGCUUUUAAGCAGUAUAUCCACACCUGUCACCUAUCGUUCCAAGGGAUAUCACAGGAGCAUAAAAUGUUUGCAUAAAACACUCAACAUUACUUCGGUAAUGGGCAUUGUAUUAUAUAUCA